UGUGUCUGGCAACGCCAAUUAUCUUACUGCUUGUGAAAUCCGGCGGUGCUUGAAUUUUUUCUAGAAACAUUUUAAACAAGGAAAUAACAAAAUUACACAAUGGAACAAUUUAAGGGUCUUCAAAAAUCUUUGUACAUUUGGACUGAUAAUGCGGAACUGGACAAACGUGUGGAACAGCUAAAGACAGCAACCGGCGGUGAGGUGGCUCUGGAAAACGUUCAUCGCCUUUCAUUUGCCUCCUACGCCUCGUCCAGUUUCGAUUUAAUUGUGAUAGAAUGCGCUCAAUUGACAGACAAUUAUGUGAAACUUUUGCACAUGCUGAAACCAAGUGGAAAACUCCAUUUGAUCUCGUUCAUUGGGGCAGCUGGCAGUUUGCUGCAAGAGAUUAAACUUUCCGGUUUCAUAAAUUGUAGCGAAGAUUCGGACAACACUCUAACCGCCGAGAAACCUGGCUACGAGACAGGCUCUUCGGCUCGUUUGUCGUUUGCCAAGAAGAACUCCAGUACAUUGAAUGUAUGGAAAAUAAGCGGCGAUGAUGAUGAACUCAUCGAUGAGGAGGAUUUGCUAGAUGAAGUCGAUAAACAGAAACCAGAUCCGGCUUCCCUUAAAGUGUGCAGUACCACAGGAAAGCGUAAGGCAUGCAAAAAUUGCUCCUGCGGCCUAGCCGAUGAGCUGGAAAACGAAAAGAAACAGGAGAAUGCCGCUAAACAGGCCUCCACCGAGAAUGCCAAGUCGAGUUGUGGAAAUUGUUAUUUGGGUGAUGCAUUCCGCUGCUCCAGUUGUCCCUAUUUGGGUAUGCCAGCCUUUAAGCCUGGCGAGAAGGUGCAAUUGGUGGAUAAUUUGCUGAAAUCUGAUAUUUAAGUAAAAUCAUUGAAAUGAAAAAGCAAACUGUUCCACGCGUUACUUAAAGACUUACACACAUGCAUAUAACACACACAUCUAUAUACAUUUCUAAAAGAGAUAUAUAUAUUUUAUUACAUUGGCUUACUAACACAAAACGCACAAAAAUAAUGUCAUAUGUAAAUAUAUUAUAUAUAUAUAGAGAACGCUCACAAAAAUUAAAAGCAUUAAAGCAUCUUGCUCUCACA